GUUUUAUUUGAGCGCGAACAUUUCCGCGAGCCGCGCGCAAUCUGGCGCUAGUUUGCCGUCAAGUUUCUCAAGUGUAUCCGUAUCCACGGCCCCAAACCCCUCUCCCGCAAUGGACCCCGCGGCCAUCGACGCCCUGCUCCGACGGUUCGACCAGGAGGUGCCACUCUGUCGCCGGAACGCGGACAUUGCGCUGUACCGGGACUUUGUCGCGCGCCACGAUCAACUCAUCAGCGCACCGGAAGUGGCCAAGGACGACGGGAUGGCUAUCCGGUGCCGGCAGGCUGGGAAUCGAGCCUUCUCGUGUUUGCAGUUCGAGCCGGCAUUGGGGCAGUACAAUCGAAGCAUUUGCUUCGCGGAACCCGGAUCGGAACAGCUGGGACUCGGCUUCGGUUGUCGAUCUGCACUUUAUUUUGAGCUGGGAGAGUACGAGUUUGCCUUGUACAACAUUGAACUGGCCAAGAGGCACAACUAUCCGGAAAAGCUGCUGCCCAAGUUGUUGGCACGAGAGGCCAACUGCAAGGAACGAAUCGACGAAGGUCACUCCAAAGGCGCUGUUCCAGUCUCGAAACUGGACAUCAACGUUGACGCCAACCGAUGCAUUCCCAUUUUGGCCAAUGGAAUCGACAUGACGCAGUACGAGGACAUGGGCCGAGGUUUGGUGGCUGUUCAUGACUUCAACGCCGGAGACCUUAUCCUGAACGAGAAGAUCGAACUUUGCUUUGGAUCUUUUGAACGGAGCUACUCCAAUUGUGCCCAUUGUGGCGCAGAAUUCCGCAGUAGUUUGAUUCCGUGUCCGGGCUGUGUCGCGUUCAUGUACUGUGGCAAGAAGUGCCGCAACGAAGACUUCCGUACCGUUCAUCGAUUCGAGUGCGCCGUGGCCACCAAACUGAGCAACGUGACCUACGCCAACAUGCUGAUCACGGCAAGAUUGUUCUUUCACGGCUUGACGACGUUCAAGGACAACAUCACCGAGUACCUUAACUACUGCUGGUCGUACGCUGCCAUCAGUUCCAAACCAUUCGAUCUGGACUUUCCAAAUCCCGACCCUUUGGACGCGUUCAAGGUUCUGCAUCAUGCCACACCAAACCGCAAUCGCACCAUGGAGCACCUGUUGAAGCUAAGCGUAGCGGCCUUUCAGCUGGUAUUCCUGAAGAACCCACUGGUCGCAUCAAUGUUCUACACCGCAGCUCACCGUAACGCCAUGCUGCGCUGCCUGCUACUUCACGGUCGCGUGUGUUCUUCCUUGGCUCUCAACCAAGAAGACGAUCGUGGCGGUUGGCUAGGAGCACUCUCGCCCAUCGCCACCCUCGUCAACCAUUCGUGUGACCCCAACGCGGCCGCUUUCGUCGAUUCCGGAACGAUCAAAAUCGCCGUACUACGCCCCAUCCAAAGAGGUGACCAGAUUUCCAUCGCCUAUCCACCGGUCUGGUGGAACGCCCACGACGGAAGCGAGCAAGCCUUCCUGUGCAAGUGCGUGGUUUGCGGACCGGAUGGAGCCCAGUGGCACGAGGCGCACCAGCAGAUGAGCCCAAUUUCGCCGGAAGCGAAACGCGAGCUUUCCGAGAAGAUUGAGGAACAGAUUCCGCUUUGCGAAAAAUUCCAGCACAUGGUUCAGAUACUGGCGCGUGAUGGCCAUCAUCCCGGGGAGAUGUUUGGCGAAGUGGUGAAGCGGUACCAUGAUUUGCUGGCCGAAGAGGUUCGACAGCGGAGCGAACAAAGUGACCGAGCUAGGCUGAUGCUGCGCGUUAAAGGUGAUGUCUUCGGACAACGCAGUGGCUAACUGUAUUCGAUCGAUAAACUGUUAACUGUUCUAAAUUUCAGAAUGAUUUUUGUCAUGAUCUUAAUAAAUGAAUUGGACCAAGA